AGCAAUAAGCUGACGUAGUGAAAGAAAAUGGACGGGGUUUGGUUUGUUCAGUCAGUUUUUUUUAAGUAGUCGUGGUUAACAGUGAAUGGCGGACGCACACGUUAAUUUUGCAGCUGUUAGUAAUUGAUUGUUCAUUGCACCGUUACAUCUUCAGUUGAUCGUUUUAAAUGCCGUGCUAUUAAAUACAAAUCAUCCAUAGCCGUAACUCAGUGAUGUAGAAAGUACCCGAAACAAAAGAUCGCAUGUGAUUCUAUUUCGUGACGUAACUGGAUUCUUUGGAAUAACUGUGUCGUGUAAUAAAUAGUCGCGUUGACCGAUUGACGGUCGAUGCGGCAGCUGCUCGUGGCAGCGAGUCGUGACUACAUCAACCAUGUGGGAAAUGGAUUCGGAUUCCGUGAGUGCGUCUUCGGACGGGCUCCGUCGUCGUCAAGGAUGGGACCCCGAGGCCGACAGCCUCGCCUCUCAGAUAGACGAGCUUGACGAAGUGCUUGCGGAAGAAGAGGAAGGUUGUCCUUUACCCUCAACACCAGAAGAUCAGCAUCUCCUUGACGCUGAAAUGGCUGAAGUGUUGAAAGCUGGUGUGCUUUCUGAUGAAAUAGACCUCGGAGCACUGGCGCACAAUGCUGCCGAGCAGGCUGAAGAAUUCGUUCGCAAAGUCUGGGAGGCUUCAUGGAAUGUGUGUCACUUCAGACACCUGCCGCGUUGGCUUCAAGAUAAUGAUUAUUUGCAUAAAGGUCAUCGCCCUCCACUACCCUCUUUCAGUGCCUGUUUCGCCUCCAUUUUCAGAAUUCACACUGAAACUGGCAACAUCUGGACCCAUCUGUUGGGUUGUGUCGCUUUCAUUGGAGUAGCUAUAUAUUUCCUCACACGUCCUUCAAUUGAAAUUCAAAUGCAAGAAAAAAUGAUUUUUGGUGUAUUUUUUGUUGGUGCAAUAGUUUGUUUGGGCUUUUCAUUUGCAUACCAUACCCUUUACUGCCACUCGGAGAUGGUUGGUAAAUUGUUUUCUAAGUUAGAUUACUGUGGAAUAGCACUCCUAAUUAUGGGGUCCUUUGUUCCAUGGUUGUAUUACAGUUUCUACUGCCAUUACAGACCUAAAAUUAUAUACUUAUCUGUAGUGGUUGUGUUAGGAAUAUUAUCCAUCAUAGUGUCCCUUUGGGACAGGUUUUCUGAGCCUCGACUACGACCUCUGCGAGCGGGAGUGUUUAUGGGUUUUGGUUUGUCAGGUAUAGUGCCUGCUAUUCACUAUGGCAUUACUGAAGGCUGGUUCAGCCAAGUUAGUAAGGCAUCACUGGGAUGGUUGGUCCUCAUGGGACUCCUAUACAUAUUAGGUGCUAUGUUCUAUGCUCUGAGAGUUCCAGAGCGCUGGUUCCCUGGUAAAUGUGACAUCUGGUUCCAGUCUCACCAGAUUUUCCAUGUCCUAGUGAUUGUGGCGGCGUUCGUGCAUUACCAUGGCAUCAGUGAACUGGCAUCCUACAGAGUAACAGUUGGGGAAUGCUCUAUGCCUCCAUCAUCUAUUGCAUUUUAGCCCUCCCCAAUACCAAAUGUGAUAGUAGGCCAUAGAUAAAUUUAAGUAGAUUACAAAACGGUUACACUUUAUAUUUUAUAACAUGUAAUUUUAACACAUUUUGUAAGAUUUUUAAUCAUCAGAUCAACAUUAUUGUAUUACAGCCAUGGUGGAAAUUUGAUAUCUGUGGUUAUUACUGUCUGGGGUUGAAACUUAUUUAUUUAUUGUUAAAUACCUAUCUAGUUAUAUCUUUAGGCCCUUCAGCUUAUCAUUCUAUCACUAACUUUUGCACUUUUGUUUCACUUCAAAGUUCCUUUUUAGUUUUGUACUUAAUUUUAUCCAUUGUGUAUUUUACUUUAGCUAAGUUAGAUCCGAGGUGGGGAGGCUAGGCCACAAAGCAUGAUCCCUCACUGUACACUCUUCCAUUGUCACUAUCAUACACAAUAUUUAUGUUGUGAAAGACAUAUAUGUUUUGAGACAUUUAUUUUAUGCUUUCUCUUGAGCUAUAACAUCUUUUAUUUAAUUAUGUCUAUUGGCUAUAUUGAUUACAAUAUUUUGUUUGAAUUAUUUUCUGAAGGUAUUUUUUAAAGUUAGAUGUAAUUUUUAAUCUUUUUAUAUUGUAGCAAUGGGUUUAACUUAAUUUUUGUUCAGGUAUUGUGACAAAUUUACAUUCCAUAAUUUCUGCAAUUUUAAAACAUAACAUCAGCUUUUAUCACUUCAAUCUGGCCAUUAUUUUCUAUAACUUUUUUUGAUUAGUGGUCAGCAAAAAUAUAGUAAUAUGAAUUAAUUCAAAGUAUAUUCUAAAUUGAUCUAAGUGUUCAUAUGUGUACAGAUUUUAUGAGACCGAAAAAGAAAAAAAAAAUGUGAUGUAUAUUAAUACAAAUUGAAGUCUAUAGUACCUAUUGAAUAAAAAUAAACAUUUAAUUUUGGAUAAAAUUAGUUUGAAGGCAAAUUGUGGGAAUAAGUAAGAAAGGAAAUAAUAUAGCAAAUCUCAUAAAAUAUUGUAAAGACAAUGUCUAAACUUAAUAGUGUAAAAAGUACAUAAGUUUAUUAAGGUGUUUAAGAACUGCUUUCUAAAGAACAAAAAAACCAGCAUUCUAUAUGGCAUAUCAUAAGUCAGGUUUGGACUGAUGAAGAAAGACAAUAUAAAUAUAUGAUUUGUUAAUUAAAAUAGUCUCAAUUAUAUUUAUUUUCUUUGAGCCAUUCACUGUUAAAAUUAUACUCGUAACUUUUCAAUUAAAAUUUAUACCCAUAUUUCUAUUGGGCACAAAAUUUGUCAGGUAUAAUUUUAACAACUGGCUACACUACACAUGAUUUAUUUUAUAAUUUAAAUAGUUGUAUAAUUAGAUUUAAAAUUUUAGAUUGCAAAGUAAAAAAAUCCUUGUAUUAAGAUGUUAAAAGCGCUUUCUUAGUUGUGCUGAUUUGUUGAUUUCUUUGUUUUUGGUGAGAUUCAAAUAUAAUUAUGCAAUAAACUAUUAAAAACAAAAUAA